AAAAUUGAACCAAUCAGAUGUUGUUGUUUGGAUUCUUUGUCUUGAAGUUUCACAUGUGGAAGCUUCCAGAGUCUUUUCUGUUUGCUCUGCAGGCUGAGCAGAACUGACUGCUGCAGAAUCACAGGGACUUUCAGGAAAAUCUCCAAACAGGAGAAAAGUUUCCUGUGAUUGUGAGACUGGCAGAGGAUCAAAGCUGUAGUGAAGAGGACGGCGGUGUUUGUGGCAGUUGGAGCUGAAGAUCGGAGCAGGAACCAUGUCUUCCCUUCAGUCUCUGAGAGAGUUGAUCAGCGAGCGACUAGCUGCUGCUACUGAAGAAAUCUGCAGACUCUGUGAAGGAACCAUCGUCCAGUACGAGCAGGAGCUCUGUCGUCAGCGCAGACUGCUGGAUGUCCUCUGGAAACCACAGCUUCAGAUCCACCAAAUAGUCCUCCCUCAGCAUUAUGUGAGUGAAGAGGAUUUUUGCAACCAACAGAGGAAUUUGAGAGUGGAACAAGAGGAACCAGAUUCUCCACAAAUUAAAGAGGAACAAGAAGAACCAGAGCCUCGACACAUUAAAGAGGAACAAGAACCGACACAGAUUAAAGAGAAAUUAGAAGAACCAGAAUUUCCAUUGAGAAAAGUGGAGCAAGAGGAACUCUACAUCAGUCAGUUUGAAGGGCAGCUUGAUCUGAAGGAGGAGACUGAUACCUUGAUGGAGAUUCCUACUUAUGAGGAAGAUGAGAACAGUGAAGCAGAUCUAAACAAUCAGCAGAGCUUUAAUGUAACUGACAGUCAGGAUGAAGAAAGAAACCAACUUGAAGAAUCAACGUCAACUACAGAUGAAGAGACUGACCCACAGAACACAGAUCAGAGGAAGAGACGACACAGAAGUCAUGUCCAAAGUGUGGACACUUCGCACAUGUCAGAAAGUCUGUGCCACUCUGAUGUUAGAAUAAACUUCACAAACUCAACUUUGGUUAAGAAACGUAAACAAUAUUCAAGCGAAAAGAGACUUUCUUCUGUAAAGUCUGUUAAAAGCUCAAGAAUUGUUAGAAAUCUCUUGGGCUCCACAAAAAAAGAGUCUGAUGACAGACAUCAUAUCUGUUCAGAAAGUGGGAAAAGUUUUGGUUUUAAGUUUAGAACAUACACGAGAACCCACUCAGGAGUGAAGCCUCAUUCUUGUAAAGAAUGUGAUAAAAGUUUUAGUUGUGUAUCCCAUCUUAAAACGCACAUUAGAACUCAUACAGGAGAGAAGCCUUUUUUGUGUAAAGAAUGUGAUAAAAGUUUUAGUUGUGUAUCUAAUCUCAAAAGACACAUUAGAACUCAUGGAGGAGAAAAGCCUUUUUCUUGUAAAGAAUGUAAUAAAAGUUUUAAAUGUUUAUCCAAUCUCAAAACGCACAUUAGAACUCAUACAGGAGAGAAGCCUUUUUCGUGUCAAGGCUGUGAUAAAAGUUUUAGUUGUUUAUCUCAUCUCAAAAGACACGUGGGAACUCAUGGAGGAGAAAAGCCUUUUUCUUGUAAAGAAUGUGAUAAAGGUUUUAAUUGUCUAUCUAAUCUCAAAAGACACAUGAGAACGCACACAGGAGAGAGGCCUUUUUCUUGUAAAGAAUGUGAUAAAAGUUUUAGUUGUAUAUCUCAUCUCAAAAGACACUUGGGAACUCACACAGGAGAGAGGCCUUUUUCUUGUAAAGAAUGUAGUAAAUGUUUUAGUCGUGUAUUUGAUCUCAAAAGACAUAUGAGAACUCACACAGGUGAAAAGCCUUUUUUGUGUAAAGAAUGUGAUAAAAGUUUUAUGUAUUUAUCUCAUCUCAGAAGACACUUGAGAACUCAUACAGAAGGGAAACUGACCUGAGGUCAGCUAUCAAAGCAGCCUGAUCUUUAAUUAAAUGUACACAGGCUGAUGUCCUCCAUACCACAUUGAAGCAGUUAUUCAGUAAUGAUGAGACAGAAGUGACUAUUGAAUGCAUUGAAGUGAACAGAUUUUGAAAUUUGAUAUGAGUCCUCAAAUUUUUUUUCAUCCCAAAUAAGGGAUUGUAUAAUAAUUUUAAACAUCAUGAGUUUCACUUUUUAAACAAUUUAACUUUAUUAAAUUCAUUAUAUCAGAUGUACUUCUAAAUAGAAAUGUGUUGUUUUGAAUUAUGAGGGUAUGUUUUAAAUUUGAUAAUGUUCAAUUUUUGUUGGUUGAUUUUUCUUAGAUUUUUGUACUUCUAUGAUUUUGUUUAAAGUUUUUGGGUUAACUGUUGUUGUCUGUAUAAGGGACACUGGCAGAUGAAGUGUACAUUAUUCUAUGCCGUGGAUGUUUGAUCUCUUGCUUCUGCGAAGUGCGUUAAUUUCUGAUGAUUCACCCUUUGAAGGCCAAUAACCCACUUAUACCAUGGUCACUUACAAAAGAAAUAAAUAUUCAAUCAGUU